UGAGUGAGUGAAACAUAAAGUGAAUGAACGAUAAACGCGUGUGAAAUCCAACUUUUCGUGGUGGGCUGUUUCUGAAUUUUUUUAAAUAUAAUCUCAUAAACAUUUUGUUUCUAUUUCGUUAUCAGUGUAUGUAAAGUAGUGACAAUCACGAUGGCAAUGCAACCACAUAGCAAGAAAAGAGUGUGCUAUUAUUACGACAGCGAUAUCGGAAAUUACUAUUAUGGGCAGGGCCACCCCAUGAAACCACACCGCAUACGUAUGACCCACAAUUUAUUGCUUAAUUAUGGCCUCUACAGAAAAAUGGAGAUUUAUAGACCCCACAAGGCAACAGCUGAUGAGAUGACGAAGUUCCACUCUGAUGAUUACAUUAGGUUUCUUCGCUCCAUCAGACCUGACAACAUGUCCGAGUAUAACAAACAGAUGCAGAGAUUCAAUGUUGGUGAAGAUUGUCCAGUAUUUGACGGGCUAUAUGAGUUUUGUCAAUUAUCUGCUGGGGGUUCAGUCGCUGCAGCCGUAAAAUUAAAUAAGCAGGCAUCAGAAAUCUGCAUCAACUGGGGCGGUGGUCUCCACCACGCCAAGAAGUCAGAAGCGUCAGGCUUUUGUUACGUGAACGACAUCGUUCUGGGAAUCCUGGAGUUGCUAAAAUACCACCAGAGGGUCCUGUACAUUGAUAUCGACGUGCAUCACGGCGAUGGAGUUGAGGAAGCGUUUUAUACUACAGACAGAGUGAUGACUGUAUCAUUCCACAAAUAUGGAGAAUACUUCCCUGGAACUGGUGACCUGCGAGACAUCGGCGCCGGCAAAGGCAAAUACUACGCUGUGAACAUUCCUCUUCGCGAUGGAAUGGACGAUGAGUCCUACGAGUCUAUUUUCGUUCCCAUCAUAUCCAAAGUCAUGGAAACCUUCCAGCCUAGUGCCGUGGUCUUGCAGUGCGGUGCUGAUUCUCUUACAGGUGACCGAUUGGGAUGCUUCAACUUGACAGUACGCGGCCACGGCCGAUGCGUGGAAUUGGUGAAACGAUUUGGCCUGCCAUUCCUGCUUGUAGGAGGCGGAGGGUACACCAUCCGCAACGUGUCCCGCUGCUGGACGUACGAGACGUCAGUGGCUUUAGGCGUAGAGAUCGCUAACGAGCUGCCCUACAAUGACUACUUUGAGUACUUCGGGCCCGACUUCAAGCUGCACAUCUCGCCCAGCAACAUGUCCAACCAGAACACGCCCGAGUACCUCGACAAGAUCAAGACCAGACUGUUCGAGAACCUCAGGAUGCUGCCACACGCGCCCGGUGUUCAGGUACAAGCUAUCCCUGAAGAUGCAGCCAAUGAUGAAUCUGAAGAUGAGGACAAAGUUGACAAAGAUGAAAGACUACCACAAAGCGAAAAGGACAAGCGUAUCACGGGCGACGGCGAGCUGUCGGACUCGGAGGACGAGGGCGAGGGCCGGCGCGACAGCCGCUCGUACCGCGCGCCGCAGCGCAAGCGCCCGCGCCUCGACAAGGAGCCCGCGCAGCUCAAAGACGAACUUAAAACUGAAGACUCAAAGGACGACGUGAAGAACGUGAGCAGCGUGGAGGAACCAAAGAAGGAGACCGCGCCCAAUCCCUGAUGCGGGCGCUGAACGCUGCGCGCGCGCCCCCGACGUAAGCACGCACCGACAAACAAUUAGGCCUGGUUCAGCAAGGCUACUCCGAAACGCGUUUACGUAGUUUCGAGUCUAUCUCUCACCCUCUCUCAUGCUGGCAUCUCGCUUUGCGUGAGAGGGAUGGCAACAUUUGAAACUUUGGAUAACGUUUUGAGGAGUAACCCGAAAAACCACGUGAUAACCGCGCGGCUUCUGGUGGUUCUCAUUGGCGAGGCGCCGCCUGUGCGGUUACAGUUGGAUACAAAUGUAUGAGAAUUACCCAGCGACCGCGCGAUUAUCGCUGUCUGAACUAGGGCCAUUAACUUCGACUAGUGACGCUAAAGACAUUUCAUUGAAAUAAACAAAUAUGUAUGUGUAUCAAUCGAGUCGCAUCGCGUCACUAGUCGGACUAUACACUUUGACGGUAGCAUAAUCUUAGUCGGGGACCCAACGAUGCGUUUCGAGAAUGACAUCUCGGUGGUAAUUUUGCCAUUUUCCAAUAAUAGUGUGGAGGUGACCAUUUUAAUUUAAACAUCUAUUCUAUUGCUAUUAGAAAUAGCAAAAUUAGGUGCAUUGGAAAUUCUGUUGUACCAACUUGUAAACUAAAAUUACUUAAAAAAAAGCCUCUCUUUCUCCUGAAAUACAGACUUUUUUACUUCAACAUUCGAAUUCGAAGCAAACUGACUGUGGCCAUAUUUAAGAAAAUAAAGUAAAUCACUUAGUACCAAUACUACCAAUUAAGAAGAAGAAUCUCCUUUCAUAAAAAGAGAUAAAGAUAGGUUUUCAGUUUAGUUUCUGAAAUAGCAGAAUUACAGAAUAUACACCGUGUUAUGGUCUUCUCGGUGAUCAGAACUGUGCGUUUUUAGUACUUAUUUAUAUACGUUAAAUUUAAAGAAUGUGGAGCACAACAGUUUAAAAGUUCUUAUUAAUAAGGUCAAUGAUAUUGUGCAGGUCAGAUAUUGAUGUUGUUUAAGUAUUUAAACUUUGAAACAGCUUAGUUUGCCUCUACCUUAUUGAUAAUUAGUUUGUUUAGUGAUCUCCAUAUUUGCUAUACACCAAGACUAUGUUUGGAUUUGUUAGAAUUAAUUAUUUUACCGUAAAUGACGUUAACAGCUAGGUUAAGUUAAAAUUAAGUCAGUUAAAUCAAUGUGAAUGUAACGGAAACGAUAUUUUUAAUUUUCUUUUAUAUGUAUACGUGUAACUUCAAAUACGCAAAACGUGAAAUUAGUUUGUUCAGAAUUAAUUACAAAUCUUUAGUUACAAUUUUGAUUAUUUGGGGUUAUGUGUUGUACGAGGUAAAUUAUUCUGUUAACAAAUCUGUUACAUUUACAUAUUUUUCUAAUGAAUUGAAUACUUAGUAUUAAGUAUACCUAAAGCAUAAAAGCCCAUUCGAAUUUGAAAUUAUUCUAAUAGUUCGAACGGAUUUUUAAGAUGAUUUUUUAUGAAUAACCAAUUUAUGGGAUGAAAUAAAUUUAAAUGUUCCUUCAUUCUUCAAAAAGACAAUUCAGUUUUAUUUUUAUUUCAUCUCAUAUUGAAAGACGUCAGAAUCAAUAUAAAUGAUGAUUGAUGAUGCAAUAAAUAUUGAAAACUAUUUUUAUAUUUCUUAGAAUCGCUAUAAGUAAACAAAACUGUAAAUGUUUCGCAUUUAAUUUAGUUUCAACGAACCUCAAAUCAAGAGUGGUUGACUUUUUCGUAGACACAACCAUUGAUACAAUCUCUCUCUUGACUUUCUAUUCUGCUAGAUUGUUAACAUUAGAUAGGUAGGUUUCAUUAUUUAUAGUAAAAUUAAGGCUAUCAUUUGACUGAUUUUUCUAAAAGAAACCCUUUCAUUUUAUUUCAUGAUAAUGUAGUAGAACUAUAAAAACA